CUCAAAUAAGAGAAGCUUUGAUUGAAUUGGGAAAAGAUUGUCCUGAUUAUUCGUCAAAAAGUGAUGUUAAAAGUGUACUCAAACAGCUAGAGAAAUUUGAGUUCUUACUGGGAAUGACAAUAUGGUAUGAAGUUUUGCGCCCGAUUAAUCAGGUUAGCAAAUUGUUACAAAGUGAAGAUAUGUGCAUUGAUACUUGUGUGAUGAAUAUGAAUGAUUUGAUUAUUCAUUUAAACAAGUAUAGAGAAGAAGGGUUUGAAGCUGCUCUGAACACCGCAACAAGCAUUGCUCUUGACAUGGGAUUGGAACCUGGAUUUCCUAAGAAACGAUUGACGCGUAGAAAAAAGUAUUUUGAUGAAGACAAUGAAGAAGAUGAUGAAGAUAAGUCUCCAGAAGAUUCUUUUAAGUGUUUUUAUUUCAAUGUUGUGAUGGAUGCCGCUUUGAUGUCUUUGCAAACUAGAUUUGAUCAGAUGAAAGAGUUUCAGCGUAUAUUUGGCUUUCUGUUUAGCUCAAGGAACUUGAAAUCGUUGGUUCAUGAUAAACUGAAAGAAUGCUGUGAGAUACUUGCGGAUGCUUUGCAGGAUGGUGAUAAAGAAGAUGUUGAUAGGGAUGAUCUCUUUCAAGAAUUGAAAAUGUUGCAAAACGUUUUACCGGAUGACAAAGACACUGUCAUUCAAAUUCUUGAUUUUGUGAAGAUUAUGGGCUGCUAUCCAAACACAACAAUUGCUUAUAGGAUACUAUUGACAGUACCGGUAACUGUGGCCACUGCUGAAAGAAGUUUUUCAAAGUUGAAGAUUCUCAAAAAUUAUCUGCGAUCAACAAUGUCUCAAGAAAGGCUUAAUGGAUUAGCUAUAUUAAGCAUUGAGCAUAAUGUGUUAGAAAAGCUUGAUUAUGACGCUAUAGUUGACGACUUUGCUUCACA